GCUCAGGCUCUGGCGCAGGGUCUGGAGGGAGAUCUCCUCGUGUUUGACUUGGACCGGCGACGACAUAUAGAUGACAGUCUCAGGGCCGUCUGGGAUGUAAACGUCGACGAGGUCCUGAGAGUCGAAUGCGUGGAUCUGGCCUUGGCAGGCAGCCACGUUGGAUGGGGGAAGGACGGGGAGGGACAAGAGGUCGAAACUGAGGUCCCUAGGGCAGCAGAGGCCGGCUUAUAUACAUGGGGAGAUAAGGGCAGGCUGUGCGCACUGGUCCGUGCGCAGCUGGUCUGUGUGCAGCAUGCCGACGCAGCCCUGGGGGCCAUAGAUAACGACGCGUCCAUAUCGGGCAUGUAG